UCCCCACUCAGCCUCGUCAUCAGCAGCAAGCUCUCACCUCCAAUCAUGACACAUGUAGACCCCGUCAACCUUGACCCGAUUCCGCCGCUUCUGGACUCUUACACCUUCCACUCGGUGCUGCCGGACGACUUCGACCCAACGUCCGACGAGAACAAGGAAGGAUGGAUCAUGGGCAUCGACGAGGCCGGGCGCGGACCGGUCCUAGGGCCCAUGGUAUACGCAGCAGCUUACUGCCCCAUGUCUUUCAAAUCAACACUGGAGGGUAUCGGGUUCGAUGACUCCAAGGCUCUGAAACCCGAGGUUCGGCAGGCGCUUUGGGAGUCGUUCGACGUCAACGCGCCCUUGUGUUAUUCUUCAUGCACCCUGUCCCCACAGGCUAUCUCAGCGGGCAUGCUGCGCCGCGUGCCGAUCAAUUUAAACCAGCAGGCGCAGGACGCGACCAUGGGUUUGAUCCGCGACGCAUUGGACCGCGGGUUAAACAUCCGCGAGUGCUUCGUCGACGCGCUCGGUCCGAGCCAGGUGUGGCAAGAUCGGCUGAGUGCGGCCUUCCCUACUAUCAAGUUUCUUGUGUGCCCCAAGGCCGAUAGCUUGUUCAAGAUUGUCGGAGCAGCGUCUAUCAUCGCCAAAGUCACGCGCGACCGGUAUAUCGAACACUGGACAGACCCAGAAGGUCCACUGCCAGGUCAGGACGCGGCGGAAGUGAUCCACGGGAGCGGAUAUCCAUCGGACCCAAGGACGCAGGCCUUCCUACGCGAACACGUCGACCCUGUGUUCGGGUACCGCGGAAUGGUGCGCUUUUCGUGGGCGACAGUGCGCGUGCUGCUGGAGAAACAAGGCGCGACAUGUGUGUGGGCCGACGACGACCAGCAGCCAUCGGCCAAGGCCUACUUCGCGGAUACGGAUAAAGGACGGCCCAAAAUGUGGCGUGACCUGGGCAUCUCGGCUGUAGGCGAGCUGUGAGCGAGCGCUGCUGCUCGCAGGAUAACGCGAUAACUGAACGGCAACGGGUAGUCCGACAUCUGUGGAGUCCAGGGUGUGCACGUGUAGAGAACAUGCGGACGUAUGGCAUGUCGUGUCGAGGCGGUCGAGGGCUGAUGAGGCUGGACCAGGCGCUCAGACAUGUCCAGUCCUAGGUGCGGGGCAUAUGCGGCGAUGGUGGGCAAAGACUUUGCGAGCGCGUAGCGCCAGGGAGCCGGCUCGGGGCUUGCAAGGUUGUCCGGCCCCAGAGAGGACUGUGGGGGCUGGGGGCGGAAUGCAAAACCUAAUGGCCAUUAGGAAUGUGGCAUAACAAUGAUGAUGUGAUGGUAAU